UGUGUGUCAUCAGCAGCAGGACUGAUCCUCUGAGAUGUUCUUCACUCUUGUCAGUCAGAUCAGUCCUCGUGUUUUCUUCUCAGAUGAAGCUCGGUCGUGUGUGUGUGUGUGUGUGUGUGUGUUUGAUCGUGUUUCCCUCUUUUUAAACCAGGAAACUGUCUGAUGUUGAGCGGAUGUUGAGUUUCUCUCUCAGCGCGUGAUCGAUCUCCAUCAGUCAUGAGUGAACAAAGCAUCUGUCAGGCGCGGGCCACCGUCAUGUUGUACGAUGACGGCAGUAAGCGCUGGUUACCGGCCGGUUCUGGUGCUCAGGCCAUCAGCAGGGUUCACAUCUUCCAGAACCCCAGUAACAACAGCUUCAGGGUGGUGGGACGCAAACAACAGGCCGAUCAGCAGGUGGUCAUUAACUGUCCUCUGGUCCGAGGGAUCAAGUAUAACCAGGCCACUCCUACGUUCCAUCAGUGGCGGGACGCACGGCAGGUCUGGGGUCUGAACUUCGGCAGUAAAGAGGACGCGGCUCAGUUCGCCAGCGGCAUGAUGCACGCUCUGGACCUGCUCAGCGGAGACGCCGCUGCGUGUCCUCCUCCUCCUCGACCGCCUCCGAACGGCCCGAGCGCUGAGGAGAUAGAGCAGAAGAGGAGACAGGAGCAGCAGGAGAGAGAGAGACAGGAGAGAGAGAGACAGGCGUCUGCUGCUCCGGCUCCACCUCCUGGCCCUCCUCCCGCUCCUGGCCCCGCCUCUGCACCUCCUCCUCCCCCUGGACCUCCACCCGCUCCAGGACCCCCGCCUCCCCCCCCACCACCACCUCCUUCAGGAGGAGGCCCGCCGGCCCCCCCACCCCCACCCUCAGGAGGAGGAGGAGGAGGAGGGGGAGGAGGAGGUGAUGGAGGUCUGGCUGCGGCGCUUGCUGGAGCUAGACUACGCAAAGUGGCCAAGGAGGACAGUGGAGCAGCGGCUCCUGCAGUGAGUGCCAGCACAGGUGGAGGAGGAGGAGGUGGAGGUGGAGGAGGAGGAGGAGGAGGAGGAGGACUGAUGGGAGAAAUGGGUGCUAUUCUCGCUCGCCGAAAAAAAGCUGCUGACGCUCCAGCCGUCAAGAAAGAAGAAACCAGCAGCGCUGAUGACUCCAGAGCUGCAGAUAAACCAGACGUGGUGAAGAAGCCGUGGGAGAAACCGUCGUCUGUGUCACGGGUGAACUCAGCGUGUAAGAGUCAGGACAAGAGCCCGGUGUCUCCCGCGACCGCGGCUCCGUUGAGCAGGACGAGACCCGGCAGCAGCACAGGAGACACCACAGACAUGGAGAAACUCAAACAGGAGAUCCUGGAGGAGAUGCGCAGUGAGCUGCAGAAGGUGAAGGAGGAGAUCAUCAGCGUUCUGCUGGAGGAGCUGCAGAAGAUCAGAGCGGCCUAGCUGCGGAUCAGGACCACAGACACAGACACAUGCUUCCAGAUCUCCUGCACUCGACAGACUCACCUGCUGCCUUCACUUUCCUUUAUGUGGAUAUUCCUGAUCUCUGUUCAUAUGUUUCUGAUCCGCUGCCGUGUCAAGUGUUUAUUGUGUCUGUCACACAUCUUUACAUCAUGUAGUGCUCUCACGUGCACCAGCUGCAUCUAAAAUAUUGUCACUAGUUAAUUGUUAAUGUCUUCAGUGAUCAGAAUGCAUGGGAUUCUGUGUAACUGCUGGUUAUUUCUCUUGCACUGUUAUGUCAACUGUGUUUGUCCUGUAAGGGAGUGUUAGCAGGUCAGUGGAAAACAAAAAAAUGAAUCAAAAAUUAGAAUUAGUUACAUGAUUUGAAAACAAAUAAUGCAAAUAGGAUACAAAUUAGAUUAUAAUAAAUGUAUUUAAAAACAAUGUGAAUAAGAUACAAUGUGAUUUAAAUAUAUUUAUUUUUAACAAGUUGAAUAAAAAUUAAAUGAUUAAAAAGAACUUGAUUUAGAAAAUUGAUCUUUUGGAUAAAUUUAAAAAAAAAAAAAUUUAAAUCAAGUGAAAAAAUAUGUAAUUUGAUUAAAGUGAAAAAAAACUAAUUUUACUAGAAUAAAAACGUUAAUUAAAAGAAAUGUUGAUUAAAAAUGUGAUUAAAAUAAAUCAAUUUCUAUUAAAUUGUAGUAUUAUGUAACUAUUUAAAAAUAUAUGAUUUUGAUAAAAUACAAAAUGACAAAAAUUUACUUACUCAAAAGUAAUUUAUUUGGAUUUUUUGAAAAAUACUUAAUUAAACAUUUUCCAAAUAAUAGUACAUGCAUAUUUAUAAUAGUUUUUUUCACAAUAUAAAUUUUAAUUUAGCUGCCUUUUAAAUGUUAGAAUGGGCCCCUUGCACCAGGAUGAUGAUUGUUAGGGGUCCAUGGCAUCUGAAAGAUUGAAAACAUGAUCGUCGAUAUGAUUGAAGAUGAUGCACAGAUGUUAUGAGGAACAGCAGCAAACAAACUCUCUGCUGAUAUGUGUUUAUUUGGUAUGUCAUUCACAAGAACUGUACUGUAGUGUUACAUUGUAUUAGCAUUGCCAUGGUAACAGCAUCCUGAGAGUCCAGAGUGUGUGUGUUGUGAGUUCUUCUGUGCGGCGUGUGCUUGUUUCACUAAUAAAACCACAGGGACUGAUCCAGGAUACCAGGA